UCAUUCAUGGUUUUUUUCAUGGUUUUUCUUUUUUCCCCCACUCGAGAUGCAACAUCAUUCUUUGAUAGUAAAGGAUUGAGCGCCGAAGCACCCACAGUCGGAGGAGGAAAAGGGUGACUGACCACUAGGCUUCACGCUGGGCCAUAAGUGCUGCACCAGCAGUCUGUCAGGCGCCAGGCCAGCACGCAGUGCGGGUCUAUAUUCGUCUCCUGGACACUCUCAUCGCCCUUCUCUGGCCAAGAGAGGGUAGGGUGGAGUGGUGCCGACAUGGCCGUUAUAAGGACCCUGAGAGGUGAAAGCGCUCGCCUUCUUUGGCGGAGUGGUGUCAACUUUAGACCACAGAGCUUGCUCAGCAUCACUGAUUCCUUCCCCCAAUUGCGUGGCCUGCACUGCUUGCCUCCGAUCAUGGCCAUGCAAAAAAUCUUUGCUCGAGAAAUCCUGGACUCCAGGGGCAACCCCACCGUGGAGGUGGACCUACACACAGCCAAGGGUCGAUUCCGAGCAGCUGUGCCCAGUGGAGCUUCCACAGGUAUCUAUGAAGCACUGGAGCUAAGAGAUGGAGACAAAUCUCGAUACCUGGGGAAAGGAGUGCUGAAGGCUGUGGAGCAUAUCAACAAGACUCUAGGGCCAGCUCUGCUGGAAAAGAAACUAAGUGUUGUGGAUCAAGAAAAAGUUGACAAGUUUAUGAUUGAGCUGGACGGGACAGAGAAUAAGUCCAAGUUUGGGGCCAAUGCUAUCCUGGGUGUGUCCUUGGCUGUUUGUAAGGCAGGAGCAGCUGAGAAAGGGGUCCCUCUCUACCGACACAUCGCAGAUCUUGCAGGGAACCCUGAUCUCGUACUUCCUGUGCCUGCCUUCAAAGUGAUCAAUGGGGGCUCUCAUGCUGGAAACAAGCUAGCCAUGCAGGAGUUCAUGAUUCUGCCAGUGGGAGCCAGCUCAUUCAAGGAAGCCAUGCGCAUUGGUGCCGAGGUGUACCACCACCUCAAGGGGGUCAUCAAGGCCAAGUAUGGGAAGGACGCCACCAAUGUGGGAGACGAGGGAGGCUUUGCACCCAACAUCCUGGAGAACAAUGAGGCCCUGGAGCUGCUGAAGACAGCCAUUCAGGCAGCUGGUUACCCAGACAAGGUGGUAAUUGGCAUGGAUGUGGCGGCAUCUGAAUUCUAUCGCAAUGGGAAGUAUGAUCUGGACUUCAAGUCACCUGACGACCCUGCACGGCACAUCAGUGGGGAGAAGCUUGGGGAGCUGUACAAGAACUUCAUCAAGAACUAUCCUGUGGUCUCCAUUGAAGACCCCUUUGACCAGGAUGACUGGGCCACGUGGACCUCAUUCCUCUCCGGAGUGGACAUCCAGAUUGUGGGAGAUGACCUUACAGUCACCAACCCCAAGAGGAUCGCUCAGGCUGUUGAGAAGAAGGCCUGCAAUUGCCUGCUACUGAAGGUCAAUCAGAUUGGCUCAGUGACAGAAUCCAUCCAGGCCUGCAAACUGGCACAAUCUAAUGGCUGGGGGGUGAUGGUGAGCCACCGCUCUGGGGAGACUGAAGACACUUUCAUUGCUGACCUCGUGGUGGGACUCUGCACAGGACAGAUCAAGACUGGUGCCCCGUGCCGUUCAGAGCGUCUGGCCAAAUACAACCAGCUUAUGAGGAUUGAGGAGGCUCUUGGAGACAAAGCUGUCUUUGCUGGACGAAAGUUCCGUAAUCCAAAGGCCAAAUGAGAAGCUGAAGGCUCCAGGACUCCAAAGAACAGAACCAGGCCUUCAAGACCUUCUCCCUGAAAUAAACACUGCCAAACGAGA